ANAAAAAAAAAAAAAAAAAAAAAAACAAAGGAAAUGGCAGGAGGAGGUUUAGUAAAAUGCAGCAAGAUCCGUCACAUUGUGAGACUGAGGCAAAUGCUCAGGCGAUGGCGUAACAAAGCGAGGUUGUCUUCGGUCACCCGUUGUGUACCGUCGGAUGUUCCAUCAGGACACGUGGCAGUCUGUGUGGGUAACGAUUGUAGGAGAUUCGUGGUGCGCGCGUCGUACCUGAACCAUCCGAUCUUGAGCAAUCUCCUGGUUCAAGCUGAGGAGGAGUUCGGUUUCGCUAACCAAGGACCGUUGGUUAUCCCUUGCGAAGAAUCGGUUUUCGAAGAAGCGAUCCGGUUUAUUUCUCGGUCUGAUUCGUCUCGAGGGUCAACCCGGUUUACUUGUCCUGACGAUCUUCAGAAAUGUAACGGAGCAGGAGGAAUCAAAAUCAAAAGCAAGAUGGAUCUGUUGAUUGAAUCUCGACCGUUGCUUCACGGCGCCGUUGAGAAAGCCAUCUGGUGAAUAAUUAAAUCCGACGGUGGAGAUUGUUCGUAACGAUUCUGACCCGGUUUGACUCGGAACUAGAAGAAGAAGAAGGCGAGUUUUUGAAUAAAUCGUCAUUGACUCGGCUGGGCUACGACGGAGUCGGGGGUGGUACUAACUUUUAAACGGGUUCGGGUCUUUUUUUUGGAUUUUUAAUUAUAUUGGGGAGAUAGCCAAAAUGGAAAUGGCGAGUUAAGUUACUAGGGGGGGCAGUGGGGCACUGAUGGUCGUAGAGACAGAUGAUCAAAGGAGAUGGCGGUUAACAGGUGGGUGACUGAGUCGUUACACCGAGUCAUCCCGGGUUCGAAUCCGAGUUUCAAGGCUCUAAAAUGUAAAUAAGACAAAAUGAGAGAGAAAAGAGAAGAAAGUGAUUUUGAUUCAGUGCUUUAGAUUCGAAUAUUUGUCACUUUUCUCUGUAAAUUUUACAAUCGAAAUUUUAUGCUAAGUA